GCCGUCGGUCAGAGUGGCGCUCGGCCGCUCGGAUGUUCCGCUGCGUCGGGAAUCAGACGGAGAGGACGCAGCAAAUCAAGUGAAACAAAUCUUCUGACAGGAGGAAAAAGUUCAUGCUGGAGUUCCCGAGGAGCCCGCAGACCCCGCAGGGCCACAUGAAGUCCAAGCUGAACAUGGAGAGUCUGACCAAGCCAGAGUUGCUGAUGCUUUUCAGCAUCCUGGAAGGAGAACUGGAGGCCCGGGACCUGGUCAUUGAUGCCCUGAAGGCCCAGCGCAAAGAGCUGUUUGUCCAGGAGCGCUACGGCAGGUACAACCUCAGCGACCCCUUCCUGGCCCUGCAGAGGGACAACGAGGCUGUGGGGGGCCAGGGCAAGGAGCCGGGCUGUUCUCCAUCUGCCACCAACCCUCUGGUGGUUCUCAAACUGGUGGUGAGCCACUGCAGGAGGAUGCAAGAGAAGAUGUUGGCCCAGCUGGCUGCAGCAGAGAGCAGGCACAGACGGGUAAUUGCAGACCUGGAGGAGGAGAAGAGGAGGCACGCUGAGGACACAGCGGAGGGAGAUGAUGUCACCUACAUCCUGGAGAAGGAGAGGGAGCGCUUACAACAACAGCUGGAGUUUGAGCGCAGCCAGGUCCGGCGGUUGGAAAAAGAACAGCGGCGAAUUACUGACCAGCUGGAAGAAGAGCGUGCCCAGCACAAACAGCUCUCCUGUGCUUUGGCCAAAGAGUGCAAGUGGGCGAGUGCCAGAGCUCUGGAGGAGGGUCACCGGCUGACUGAGCUGAGCCGCAAACUUGACAAGGAAAAGGAGGCUUGUCAGGCCCUGACGAAGGAGCUGGAGGAUGAGAGGAGGAGAACCCUUAGGAUGGAGGCGAGAGUGGAGGAGCAGCUGGCCGAGUUUGACACGGAGCGAGAGCAACUCCGCUCACGUUUGAAGAAGGAGGAAGCCCACUGUUAUCAGCUGCAACUGCAGGUAGAGGAGCUGAAGAGGAACACGGAGGAGGUGAACAUGACGAGAGAUACGGCUCCGGGAGAGGCAGGGGGAAAGGAGUGGGCCACAAAAGUUCCUCCCGGAAAGACAACAGUAGACACUAUUAAGGUUGAUGACCUUGAGGAAGACAGAAACGAGCCCCCUGUGCAAGCCAACGGACACCAUGGUCCGAUGGAGACCAACGGGCACCAUGGUCCAAACAACGACCUCCCAGAGAAGGUUUGUCAACAGAAUGGGAAUGAAAACCCUCCAGUUCAUCAGACCCAGGUGUCAUCAUCCCCCUGCGCAUCGCCUGUUCUUUCCACACGCCCUGCGGGCAGCCCAAGUCCUGGUGGCUACCAGUCUCCCUACCAGGCCGGGAUCAACCAGCGCUUCCAUGCCGCUCGUCAUAAGUUCCAGGGCACCGCGGACCCAGAGCCCCAGUCCCAGGCCACACAGCCGGCACUUCCUCUCUCGCCAAAGGAGCUCUCCUCUGUGACCAGCGCCUCGCCCCCCGAAGCCAGCCCAGUCAAGCAGAUGGCCCGGAGCACAGUCACUCAGGUCCUGUCUCGCUUCACGACCGUCCAGCAGAGCGCCACGCCGAAGCCCGCGGCGCCAAACAAUUCGCCCUUCGGCACGGACUACCGCAGCCUGGCUGCGCCCUUGUCUCCCGUCAUCGGAAGGGCUGCCGGGGCGCUACCACAGGGGAUCAGAUCACCCGUCAUCCCCAGGGCAGAUAGGGGCAAUCCUCCACCCAUCCCCCCGAAGAAGCCCGGUCUGGCUCAGGCCCCUCCCUCCCCGGCGGCGGUGCCCAGGUCUGCGAGUCACUUCUCCGACAGCCCCCUCUCAGGCAGCUGUGGCCUCACCUCCGGUCAGGACGGAGUCAAAGAACUGGACAUGGUGGUUUCAUCUAAUUAAGUCCUCGCAAUAGAUUCGUCAGCUGCUGCUCCGCUUGUGACGUCACAGUUUUGAUCCACAUCCCAUAACUGAGUUCGAGAUGUUGUCUUGUACAUUCUACAGGAUUUAUAUCCUGUUUAUUUGAACAAAAGGUCCCUUCAAACACUGUUAAGAUAUUUGUAUUUAUUAGAUUGUUUUGUUUUUUUAAAUAUGCAUUACGGCACUAUUUUAGGUAUUGGUUGAAAGGUUGGUACUAAUGAGCAGCUACAGUUUGUAGUUUUAGUUCCCAAAAGUGCCAACACCGUUUGCUGAGUACAGUUACAGUAACUCAAGUCUUUUUCAAUGGUGUCACUUUUGUUCAUAUUUAGCAAGUAUGUAUAAUUCUAUUAUUAUUACAAAUAAUCAUCACAUAUCAUGCUCGGACCAAUGUUUGCUGCAUAGUGUCAUUUCAUUGUACAAACAGUCAUAUGUAGCUGUCAUUUUUAUAAAAAUGUAUAGUUUAUUUUAUUGUAUUAUAGUUUUAUAUGACAUAAUCUAACCAGUGUUUUGCUGCACAUUGUUUAUGUAUCAUUUUAAUGAUCAUAUAGGCUUCGAUCACAGUGUGCGAUCAAUGUGGGUUUUUCUAAGCCUGAUGCUGAUAUUUGAAGAGUUGGGAUAUAGACAUGUUUUGUUUUUUUAGCUUUUGCUAAAGCAAAUAACACAAUAGCUUUUUUUAACACCAAUGUUUUAUUCACUUGGACACUAAAUUAAGUUUUCUAAAAAUUGCCAGAUGUCGGCCUGAUUAAUUGUCCGAUCAGUUAAUCUGUCCAUCAUUAGUCACAUUUGUACAAUGUUUAAGAUUAGUGAGUCUUGAUCAAUGUCUUGCCUUCGUUGUUUAUAAGAAACAUUACUAAACACUGCAAAUAUCUUUAAAUCCAUCCAUGGCUUUGAUUUAUAUCAUGACAUAACUGCCAUGUUUGUCAUCUCUUCUUUUACCAGAUCCUUUUUACAGUAGUGUAAAUGCUAGAAAGUGACAGAUUUAAUAAAUUAGUCCUAAAUACUGUCAUGUUUUCAUAAUUUACUCAUACUCUUACAGGAAGAGCUCAAGUGAUUUCAUCCCAACAGCAUGAAUGAUCCGAUAAGGAAAAUAAUUUUUGAGGAAGAAUUUGUGCAAUACAUGUAAAUAACAUAGUCUGUAUUUUGUAAUAUUACAUAGACAGUAAAGUUAUAUUUGCAAGCUUUAGUAGUUACUGAUACUGCCCGGUAAAAUCAGAAUCAUGUUAAAUCACUAUUUUUUCUGUAUAUAUCACUUUUUAAAAAGGUUUCUUUGAGUUUGAGAGUUUCUGGAUGAGAAAGGAAAGUUUCCCUCUUGUAAAUGAACCUCUUAAAAAUAUAAAUGCAUUUGAAAGGA